AUGUAUGUGUAUAUUCAGGUAGAAAGAAACUUUGGGCACAGCCAGCAUGCCAAACAGGCUUCGUGGUGUACCCAAGUGUCGCAGGGAGGAGGAGGAGGAGGAGGCCAGCGAGGGCGUGCCUGCUGGCGGCGGGUGACGCCCCUUCUACACGUCCUCACAUAUUCAGCUCACGUCCUGCCAAUUCUGGUGGUUGCUGCCUCUUCUGUGGCUCCCACUACCCAGCCCAGGAGCCGCCUCUGCUGCCCUCCUCAUCCCCCAAGAGUCACCUCUGCUGCCCUCAUCACCACCCCCAUGCCUACCUCUGCUGCCUUCUACAUCCCCUGGGGCCACCUCACCAUCCCUGGGCCACGUCUGCUGCCUUCUACAUCCCCUGGGGCCACCUCACCAUCCCUGGGCCACAUCUGCUGCCUUCUACAUCCCCUGGGGCCACCUCACCAUCCCUGGGCCACAUCUGCUGCCUUCGACAUCCCCUGGGGCCACCUCACCAUCCCUGGGCCACGUCUGCUGCCUUCUACAUCCCCUGGGGCCACCUCACCAUCCCUGGGCCACGUCUGCUGCCUUCUACAUCCCCUGGGGCCACCUCACCAUCCCUGGGCCACAUCUGCUGCCUUCUACAUCCCCUGGGGCCACCUCACCAUCCCUGGGCCACAUCUGCUGCCUUCUACAUCCCCUGGGGCCACCUCACCAUCCCUGGGCCACAUCUGCUGCCUUCUACAUCCCCUGGGGCCACCUCACCAUCCCUGGGCCACGUCUGCUGCCUUCUACAUCCCCUGGGGCCACCUCACCAUCCCUGGGCCUCGUCUGCUGCCUUCUACAUCCCCUGGGGGCCAUCCCACCAUCCCUGGGCCACGUCUGCUGCCUUCUACAUCCCCUGGGGCCACCUCACCAUCCCUGGGCCACGUCUGCUGCCUUCUACAUCCCCUGGGGGCCACCUCACCAUCCCUGGGCCACGUCUGCUGCCUUCUACAUCCCCUGGGGCCACCUCACCAUCCCUGGGCCACGUCUGCUGCCUUCUACAUCCCCUGGGGCCACCUCACCAUCCCUGGGCCACAUCUGCUGCCUUCUACAUCCCCUGGGGCCACCUCACCAUCCCUGGGCCACGUCUGCUGCCUUCUACAUCCCCUGGGGGCCACCUCACCAUCCCUGGGCCACGUCUGCUGCCUUCUACAUCCCCUGGGGCCACCUCACCAUCCCUGGGCCACGUCUGCUGCCUUCUACAUCCCCUGGGGGCCACCUCACCAUCCCUGGGCCACGUCUGCUGCCUUCUACAUCCCCUGGGGCCACCUCACCAUCCCUGGGCCACCUUACUACCAAGGUCUUGCUCCACAAAAUCCUUCACACCGCUUCUCCACCAACUCCACCCCGCUCCUCACCACCACCAACAGCCUGCUCACUCCAACACCUGUCCCAGAUGUAUUCCAACACCACAAGAAAACAAUGCUAAUCCAGCAACAUGUUCCCCCAACACCUAUACUCAUCCUGUGCCAGCCAAGAUCACCUUAA